UGGGCUUUUACGAAAGGACUGUUUCGUGAUCUGGAAAAUGUUGACUUCCAUCGAGACCAUUGUUAUGAGUGUGAUGAGGAUUCUUACGAUGGUGUUGUGUUGAGGAAUUCCGCAACGCAUAGAAAGAGCCCAGUGUGCCAAGAAGUAGUGGAUAGUUUACGAUUGCUGAAGAAAAAAUGCCUUACUGUUUAGAAACAAGCUAACAACUGUGAUCGAGAAUUUACAGAACGAGUGUCAUGUUCGUAAUAUGGCCGAUAUGGAUGAAAAUGACCGUAUUGCUGUGCUAUCCAGAACACGUGAAAUUUUGCACCAAGGGUACAAAUUUGGUUUCGAGUACCACAAGGAUCUGGCUAGGCUCUACGAAGCGAGAGCAGAAAACUGUCGAGAUCUAGAAAGUGAACUCAAGUUAUCUACUGCAAUCGUUCACUUUGCUAAGCUAUGGAUGAAGUUUGUGAUGGAGCGUUGUGAGCGUGGACGUGGACUACGGCCUCGAUGGGCCAAUCAGGGUUUAGAGUUCUUGAUCUCUGCUUGUGACCCGCAGUGUACCAGCCACCUAAGUAAUGCAGAGUUUGAAGAUCUCAAAUCUAAGAUGGAUGCAUGCAUUUCGCAUGUAAUAGGCAGCAUUCGGGAACCAGAGCGAAUACGUCGAUCACCCCGCUCGAGGAAAAGCUCUCCGUCCCCUUCGCCAACCCAGGGACGGUCUUCAAUUCCGAAUCUUACAUCGACUAAACCGUUCCAAAAUCAGCUCAGUCUACGAGAGGACUCAGUGAUGCUGCGACCACACAAUCUGAUAGAUACGGGGGACAUUUACAGAAAGCAAACGUCAUACGAAGGCGUACAAGAUAUAAAGAUUCGUGUACCGACUGGCUCUUUGAUCGGUACGAAACCCUUACGUCAGCUGCGAGUACGUGACGCUAUCAAUAAACUCGAUAACACGCUAGAUGAAAAGUUACGUUACGGCAAUUUGAUUGGAAGCGUCAAGGAGAUAAGUUACUGUGAUAAGGUGUUGAACCGAGCUCGUAGUGUGAACUUCAGCUGGCAUCGUGGCAUUAAAAUAGGUCAGGGACGUUUCGGUAAAGUGUAUACUGCAGUGAAUAAUUCGACGGGUGAAUUGAUGGCCAUGAAAGAGAUCGCCAUCCAACCAGGAGAGACUAGCGCUAUCCGAAAGGUUGCUGAAGAACUUAAAAUAUUCGAAGGAAUAAAUCAUAGAAACCUAGUCAAGUACUACGGAGUAGAAGUCCAUAGGGAGGAACUGCUCAUUUUUAUGGAGCUGUGUCCCGAGGGAACUUUGGAAAGUUUGGUUGAGCUGAAUGGCGGUCUUCCGGAGCCUCAAACUCGUCGUUAUACGAUACAACUGCUGUCGGGCGUGAAAGAGCUACAUCGUCAUGGCGUUGUGCAUCGAGACAUCAAAACGGCUAACAUAUUUCUUACCAAAGAUGGAAAUUGCUUAAAGCUGGGAGAUUUUGGGUCUGCCGUUAAAAUACAGGCCCAUACCACAAUGCCUGGUGAGCUAAAAGGAUACGUUGGAACGCAAGGUAAUUAUUAUUAUGUUUAAUUUCUUUUAAUAAUGUCGUUUUGAACAUUUCAUUUAUAUAUUAUUUCUGACAUUUUGUGUGCAGUGAAUUUAUACUACAGCUGUGUGUGUACCGGGAAGGGGGCCUUUUAAUUUAAUUAUAAUAGGGUUGAUUGUGGGUUAUGGUGGCCCAUGAAGUGCAAAAAUCUUAAGUAACAUCAACCAAAUGUGUUCAUUCGGACCCCUAGGAGUUUCUGUAGAAGAUAAUGUAAGAGGGUACUGAGUUAUUUUUUUUCUCUAACGAGUUGCCUGUUUCACUCUAAAGGAAUCAAGAUUUUAGUUUCAGCUUUUUUUUUUGUUACUAAACAAAAAGACUUACGGAUUAUUACAGUCUCUUCUUCAUUUAUUGGAUAAUCUUUAAAAGAGAAAGAAAUAAAUUU